GGCUUGGCUCUAUGAGACUCUCUGGUCAGAGACGGCGAUGAUUCUAGGCCGUUGGGUUUCCUUCAGUUGCGUCAACACGCCGGUGACUAAGGUUUCCGACCAAAGACAUGCAAAGUUUCGUGGUCUCUCCUCUACUACCAUUUGUCGUCCUUCUCUCAGAUGCUCUCAAAGCAAAUCCACACAAGAAAUUACACAUAUUGAACAGUUGGGGAAUGAACAAGGGUUCUCGGUUUUGGCAUCAGAGAUUCCAUGGGAAGAUGAUAACAUAUGGAGCACAUUUGUUCUUUACAUGUUCUCUCUGCAUAUUCCUCUCAGUUUUGGGGGUUUAUCCAUUGUUGCCAACAUACUCCACCGGCAGGUUCUUGAUCCUCAGACCCAAGUGCUAUCACUUGUGGUUCUCCAAAUGGUAGAACUUUCAGGGACAGUCUUGCUGCUGAGGACCACAGCGAAGCCUCAGUGCAAAUCAAUCAACUUUCUAAAGGGUAAUAAUGAAUCAAGGGAAGGAAGAAACUGGGUGGUUGGCUCAGCAUUGGGUUUGGGAUGUCUUGUGGGCUUUAUCUUCGUCACGUCGCUUGUAGCUGAUCAACUCUUUGGCUCUAAGGCUGUACAUGAAUCAGAAUUGGAGAAGAUAAUGGUGAGCGGGGAAGUGGCGAGAAGCGGGUGUUUUGCUCUCUACUGCCUAGUAGCUCCCAUCCUUGAGGAGAUAGUGUACAGACGCUUUCUACUGAGCUCCUUAGCGUCGAGAAUGGAAUGGUGGAAGGCAUUAGUGAUCAGCUCAGGAGUAUUUGCAGCAGCUCACUUCUCAGGUCAGGAUUUUGUGCAGCUGUUUGGGAUAGGGUGCGUUAUCGGGUCAUGUUACAUCUGGUCAGGGAACUUGGCCUCGUCAGUACUCGUCCACUCAUUGUACAAUGCCUUAACACUCCUCUCUUAGCCCCACGUUCAGAUGACAAGGAAAACUUCCCCACCUUAUACAUAUCUAAUAUUUUAAGAGUUUGGAUUGAAUUUUUAAACCAUAUAUAGUGAAAAUUCAGAGUUAUGAGAAAAACAAAGCAAAACUGAAGAAUUGUGUUCAAAGCUAUAAUGAUCGAUAACACCGAAUAUAUGGGAGGAGAGAGUGAAUUGUGUUGUGAAGAAAGUAUGGUUGAUAAG